CGGGCUCCGAGUCAACCCCGCCCCCUCCACGGAUCCAGCGUGGGGCUACGAACGGUCUGCCCCAGUGGUUGCUUCCUUCAUCCCUGGUUGCCCGAGAUUAUGGGACAGGAACCGCGCACGUUGCCGCCCUCCCCUAACUGGUACUGCUCCCGAUGCAGCGAUGCCGUGCCCGGGGGCCUCUUCGGUUUCGCGGCGCGGACUUCGGUCUUCCUUGUCCGCGUGGGCCCGGGCGCGGACGCGAUCCCAGGGACGCCCCCAUUUCGAGUCAUAGGCGAGUUGGUGGGACACACGGAAAAGGUGUCUGGCUUCACGUUUUGUCAUCACCCGGGUCAAUACAACCUCUGCGCCACCAGCUCCGAUGAUGGGACUGUGAAAAUCUGGGAUGUAGGGACAAAAACAGUUGUGACGGAACAUGCACUCCAUCAGCAUACAAUAUCAGCAUUGCAUUGGUCUCCUCGAGUAAAGGAUCUGAUAGUAUCUGGAGAUGAAAAAGGAGUAGUUUUCUGUUACUGGCUUAACAGAAAUGACAGCCAGCACCUCUUUAUAGAACCUAGGACAAUUUUCUGUCUUACUUGCUCGCCUCAUCAUGAAGAUUUAGUAGCCAUUGGCUACAAGGAUGGCAUAGUGGUUAUAAUUGACAUCAGCAAGAAAGGAGAAGUUAUGCACAGGCUUCGAGGCCACGAUGAUGAGAUCCAUUCCAUAGCCUGGUGUCCCCUGUCGGGUGAAGACUGUUUAUCCAUAAAUCAAGAGGAAAAUUCAGAAGAACCUGAAAUGCCCAAUGGAAAAGUUAUAACACAAACUCCAGUAACAAAAGGCUGCUACUUAGCCACUGGGAGCAAAGACCAGACCAUUCGGAUCUGGAGCUGCUCUAGAGGCCGAGGGGUGAUGACUUUGAAACUGCCCUUUCUUAAAAGAAGAGGAGGGGGUGUAGACCCAACUGUUAAAGAGCGCCUUUGGUUGACACUCCAUUGGCCCAAGGAUCAGCCAACUCAGCUGGUAUCCAGCUGUUUUGGAGGUGAACUGCUGCUAUGGGAUCUCACUCAGUCUUGGAGACGGAAAUAUACCCUCUUUAGUGGUUCAUCAGAAGGGCAAAAUCAUUCAAGGAUUGUGUUUAAUUUAUGUCCUCUGCAAACUGAAGAUGACAAACAGCUGCUGCUUUCCAUAUCAAUGGACAGAGAUGUAAAAUGUUGGGACAUGGCCACUCUGGAGUGCUGCUGGACCCUGCCUUCCCUCGGUGGGUUUGCCUACAGUCUGGCUUUCUCUCCUGUGAACACAGGCUGCUUAGCUAUAGGCGUCGGGGAUGGCAUGAUCCGCGUAUGGAAUACACUCUCCAUAAAGAACAACUAUGAUGUGAAACAUUUUUGGCAAGGUGUCAAGUCCAAGGUUACAGCGCUGUGCUGGCACCCAACCAAGGAAGGCUGCUUAGCCUUUGGAACUGAUGAUGGAAAAGUGGGAUUGUACGACACCUACUCCAACAAACCUCCACAGAUUUCCAGCACGUAUCACAAGAAAACUGUGUACUCGUUAGCCUGGGGACCACCAGUACCCGCCGUGGCACUAGGAGAAGGAGACAGACCUUCCCUCACUUUAUACAGUUGUGGAGGAGAAGGGAUUGUCUUACAGCACAACCCUUGGAAGCUUAGUGGAGAGGCCUUUGACAUCAAUAAACUCAUCAGGGACACCAAUUCAAUCAAAUACAAAUUGCCUGUACACACAGAGAUCAGCUGGAAAGCAGAUGGCAAAAUCAUGGCUCUUGGCAAUGAAGAUGGAUCAAUAGAAAUAUUCAAGGUUCCUAACUUGAAACUGAUCUGCACCAUCCAGCAGCAUCAUAAGCUUGUGAAUACCAUUAGCUGGCAUCAUGAGCAUGGCAGCCAGCCAGAACUGAGCUAUCUGAUGGCCUCUGGGUCCAACAAUGCAGUCAUUUAUGUGCACAACCUGCAGACUGUCAUAGAGAGCAAUCCUGAAUCUCCAGUGACCAUUACAGAGCCCUACCGGACCCUGUCAGGGCACACAGCCAAGAUCACCAGUCUGGCAUGGAGCCCACAUCAUGAGGGAAGGCUGGUAUCCGCUUCCUAUGAUGGUACAGCUCAGGUGUGGGAUACUCUCCAGGAAGAGCCUCUAUGCAAUUUCCGAGGACAUCGAGGUCGACUGCUUUGCGUUGUGUGGUCCCCGCUGGAUCCAGAUUGCAUCUACUCAGGGGCAGAUGAUUUCUGUGUGUAUAAAUGGCUCACUUCCAUGCAGGAACACUCCCGACCUCCUCAAGGCAAGAAAAGUAUUGAAUUAGAGAAAAAGCGGCUCUCUCAACCUAAACCAAAGCCCAAAAAGAAGAAAAAGCCCACUUUGAGAGUGCCUGUAAGGCAAGAAUUAUGUGAUGGGAAUGAAGAAGAGAGUGUAAAGGAGAGCCUGGGCCCUAUUGAGAACGGCGUGUCAGACCAGGAGACCGAGGAGGAAGCCCGCGAGCCAGAGCCACCCUGUGGUGUCACCGCAGCGGUUUCUAAAGAACCAAUUAUCUGCACUCCAGCAGCCUUAGGUUUUGAAAAGUCAAAAAGCACCAUUAAUAACAAAGUCACUUUACUGAAAAAGGAGGUACCUAAAGAGAAGCCAGAAGCCUUAAUCAAGAAGCGAAAAGCUCGUUCCAUGCUUCCACUGAGUACAAGUCUGGACCACAGAUCCAAAGAGGAGCUUCAUCAGGACUGUUUGGUAUUAGCCACCACCAAACACUCCAAAGCAGGGCCAAACGAGGAUGUGUCUACUGAUCUUGAGGAAAGAUUUCACCUGGGGCUUUUCACAGACAGGGCUACCCUGUACAGAAUGAUUGAGGUUGAAGGAAAAAGUCACUUGGAAAAUGGCCACCCCGAGUUAUUUCACCAGCUCAUGCUUUGGAAAGGAGAUCUAAAAGGUGUUCUGCAGACUGCAGCAGAAAGAGGGGAGCUGACAGACAAUCUCGUGGCUAUGGCACCAGUCGCCGGGUACCAUGUGUGGGUAUGGGCUGUGGAAGCUUUUGCCAAACAACUGUGUUUUCAGGACCAGUAUGUCAAGGCUGCCUCUCACCUGCUUUCUAUCCACAAAGUGUAUGAAGCUGUGGAGCUGCUCAAGUCAAACCAUUUCUACAGGGAAGCUAUUGCAGUUGCCAAGGCCCGGCUGCGCCCAGAGGACCCAAUCAUAAAAGACCUGUACCUCAGCUGGGGAGCCAUCCUAGAAAAAGACGGCCACUAUGCCUUAGCAGCAAAAUGCUAUUUAGGGGCCACUUCAGCUUAUGAUGCAGCCAAAGUUUUGGCCAAAAAGGGGGAUGCGGCAUCACUUAGGACGGCAGCAGAGUUGGCCUCCAUCGUGGGAGAGAAUGAGUUGUCGGCUUCCCUGGCUCUAAGAUGUGCCCAAGAACUGCUUCUGGCCCGGAACUGGGUGGGAGCCCAGGAGGCCCUGCAGCUCCACACAAGUCUAAAGGGUCAGAGAUUGGUGUUCUGCCUUCUUGAGCUACUGUCCAAGCACCUGGAGGAAAAGCAGCUCUCUGAGGGCAAAAGCUCCUUUUCUUCUUACAAUGCUUGGCCCACAGACAGCGAAGGGUCCUUUGUGGAGAGGGUGACUGCAGUAUGGAAGAGCACCUUCAGCCUCGACUCCCCAGAGCAGUACCAGGCAGCAUUUCAGCAGCUGCAAAAUAUCAAGUACCCAUCUGCUACAAGUAACACUCCCUCCAAACAGCUCCUGCUCCACAUUUGCCAUGACCUGACCUUGGCACUGCUAAGCCAGGAAGCGGGCUCCUGGGACGCAGCUGUGGAAGGAUUGCUUCGGGCUGUGAUCCGGAGCUACGACUCAGGAAACUUCACCAUCAUGCAGGAAGUGCACUCAGCCUUUCUUCCGCAGGGCUGUGACCAUCUAAGAGACAAACUGGGUGAUCAUCAGUCUCCCACCAUACCAGCUUUCAAAAGUCUGAAGGCCUUUUUUAUUUACGGACGUCUAUAUGAAUUCUGGUGGUCUCUCUCUGGGCCUUGCCCGGAGUCCAGUGUCUGGCUAAGAGCUACUCACAGAAGUAAAACCUCUACUGGACAGAGCCAAGAGGUUGACAGUGUCAGCCCUGAAGAAACUGACCCCAAAGCUUCCCAGCCAGAGCCAAGCAGGACUCCAGAACUAGAUGUGAGACUUACAGAAGAAGGUGAGCAAAUGCAGAACGCUUGUAAGGAGCUCUUGUCAGAAAAGCAUGCUGGUCUCCAAAAUGCACAGAGAACUGUUGCUGAAGUCCAAGAGACCUUGGCAGAAAUGAUCCGCCAACACCAGAAGACUCAACUCUGUAAAUCCACAGCAAAUGGCCCUGAUAAGAAUGAACCUGAACAGGAAGGAGAGUCCCUCUCUCAUCCUCAGAACCAGUGUAAAGAAGAAAAAAAUGAACCAGUUUCUUUGCCUGAAUUAACCAAAAGACUUACAGAGGCAAAUGAGAGAAUAGCUAAGCUUCCUGAGAGUAUUAAGACCUGGCCUUUCCCGGACGUGCUGGAAUGCUGCCUCAUCCUGCUUCACAUUGGGUCCCAAUGUCCUAGCUUUGUGACCCGGGAAAUGCAGCAACAGGCUCAAGAGUUCCUUCAGAAGUACGGCAACACAAAAGUUUACAAACGACAUUACCAGACCCUCUACACAUGAACUUCCAAGGAUCUGUAAGAAAGCCAGAUUUUAAACAUCCAACACCUUUCACCUCUGCAUUUACACUUCACCAGACAUUCACUUUGAUCCCUAGAUAUUUCUGCAGUGAUCCAAGUAAUACAAAUGAGGGUCAAGUUUGAAUCAACUCUACAUUUGGGACCCAGUGAAAUCUGACUUUGGACUCAAUUGUGGUUUCCUACUGGAGGAAAGAUCAUGAAAAGCCAGCAGUAGUUACUCAAGAACUAACACCUGCUAAGUGAUUGCCUUAUGCAGGUUUCACCCAAAGAGGAGAAACUCUUUCAGUCACCCAAAGUGUUAUAUUCUUAAACACAAGCUACCUUUAUAAAUGUUUCGCCUGAUCAUAAACAUGUCAUUCUGGUUUUAGACACAAUUGCUGCAUAUUAUGACUACUGGUAUCAUUUUUUUUUAACUGUUUUUGUUAAUUUGGGUUCACUUCUACUCUUUGAAAGACUGAAGCCUGAAUGUGAAAGAGGCCUUACCCAUCAUGCUAACUCUGCCCUUUGUCUGAACUUCAGGCCAGAACUUUGGUUUCAGUGUGUAAUGGAAUUGCUUAUUUGAACAAAUCACUGACUAACACUUUAGAAGAACAAACAACUAAUUCAGAUGUGACUUACCCCUUCAGUUUUAUAAGAAAUGAAUGGUGAUCAAAAUAGCUCAGGAUGAAAUGACUGUUUCAUUGGUUCUUAAACUUUUUUUUUUUGGAUCAUAGGGACUUUUUGAGAAUUAAAGCCACAGAUGAUCUUUGAAGAAAAAUGCAUACUCCUCAUUUUGCAUAUGUAACUUUGGAAUCACUGGACUCCAACUUUAGCAUAAUAGGACCCUAUAUACUAUUUAAUUACAAAUCCCUGUGGGGGUUUGUAGGUGAGGGGGCUGUUGUUUGGUUUUGGUUCUCUAUUGUUAUUAUUUUCCCCUCACUAAUGAGCAUUUUCUUAAGA